AAAUUACGAGUCGCUCCUAUCUUCCCACCUCCCAAACAACGACACCGCCACGUUAAUCCUCGAUUUUGAUGAAAGUGAGCCAUCAUCUACCAGUAAUUCGACACGGCGGAUACGAAGAGAUACCGGGGAAGUGACCCGGAAGCCGUGCCAGCGGUUUAAUAUAGAAUGGGUGUUAAUCCCACUGUUCCUCGCGUUGAUCCCCGUCGGCCUGCUAGCACUGGUGCUUUGUACGUGUUUCUGUGGACCGGAAGAGAGUCGGGGAAAACUUCCGGAAAAUCUCUGGAAUAAACUAGAGGCGCUGCUCUGUCUCGGCCACGCAAAGCAGGGCGAAGAAAUGGAGCUGGAGUAUCGGGACGGCUACGUACAGCGAAAGGACUCGACGAAAACCAAGUUUUCCACCGUCGUAUCGUUUAUCGAGCCUCGGAGGAAUAGUAUAUGGAGUAUACGCACUAAUGCAUCAAUCGAGGCGCCCUCAGAACCGGAAGCCCCGCCGGCAGCCCCUAUCAAAAAGAUUUCAUCCUCGGGCAGUAUUGUGCGAUUCAGCGAUCAGAUCUCGGUGCUCGGCGUCGACGAGCUGCAAGUUGCCAAGCGA